UGGGGUAUGUUGCUCUUGAGUGACGGGUCGGUGGGGUUUUAGGUGGUGCUAGCUUGGUUUUCUUAAUUCAGUUCACGUAAACGCCAAUCUAUUCUUUUAAGUAAUGUGUCCUGGCAUUAGUCUAAUAAUCACUUAAACGGAUACUAUUUUUCAAAAUCACAAUGUCUAAUUGUAUUGCAAAUGGAAGUUGUUUGUGCUACCGGGAAAGGACCUUAACCUUACCCCUAGGAGGACUCUAACCCUCUGUUUUCUGUGAGAAAUAAUUGCCUGUUUAUUUUUGUUCGGUCUUUUUUAAUUUAAAAAUUUGGAAAUUAAUAGGCGAGGACAAGGAUGAUAAAUAAAAUGGCAAAUACAACUAAUGAAAAUGGAAAUUUGGUCGAUGAGUUUGAGGAAGCUUUCCAGGCAUGCUUAAACGUUUUAACAAGAGAUGAAGCCCUCUCCCACAUGGAGAAAGAUGAAGUCAGAGCAGAAGUUGAUCAAACCAUUAGCAGAGUCAUUGAUUUGGCUCGGCAGACAGAAGGAUAUUUCCUUCAGAAGAGGUUCUUGCUUUCAGCACUGAAACCUGAAUUAAUUGUGAAGGAGGACAUAGCUGAUUUAAAAGCUGAACUUACCCGCAAGGACGAAUUGAUAAAGAAGCACUAUGAUAAGAUAAACCAAUGGCAGAAUCUGCUAAUGGACUUGCGAACGGGGCAAGGUCAGGCACAACCAGGACACCCCCCAGGCCAACUAAUGGCGCAACCUAAUGGUAUGCCUCCAGGAGGGCCACCUAUGGCUCCAGGUACUCCAGGGGCUAAUGUUCCUGGGAACCUGCAACAACUUCAACAACAGCAGCAGCAACAAAUGCAAAUGCAGCAACAGCUACAGCAGCAGCAGCAACAGCAGCAGCAGCAACAACAAUCUCAACAGCAACAGCAGCAACAACAACAAAUGCAAAUACAACAACAAAUGCAGCAUCAACAGAUGCAGCAAAUGCAAAUGCAGCAGCAGGUUCCCGGUAUGGGCUCACCUCAGCAGUCUAUGUUCAUGGGCAGUCCCUCCCGUGCACCAUUCCAGCCUUCCCUCCAAGGCCCUCUAGCCUACCUGGAGAAGACCACCAGCAACAUUGGAAUGACAGAUGGCCGCCGGUGACGAGGGCGAGGGAGGGGUAGGGGCCGCACACGAAGCAGGGGGCGAGGACGAGGACGAGGCUCUGGCCGUGGAGUUCUUGACUAUGACCCCUUGGCCACUGCACCCUAGACCCUCCCAAGCCGGGCUCAGCCGGGCACAGCACACGGUGUGGUAUGCUGAGUUGUCUCCUAUCUUCCAGAGUGGGCCUUUGCACUGAGAGUGGGAAACCUCUUGAGUUGUUAGAGCCAAUUACCCAGUCAACAGCAUUGUGCCAAAAUUACAUGAAAUGAGGUCAAAGUCAAGAUUUGGCCAUUCUAGUGGCUUCAACUUCAACUUCAAAAAGGGUUCAUUUUGGCAAAAUCCUGUGGACUGUGUAUAUAUCUGUAAUGACUAGGCCAGACUAGAAGUGGCAUUGUUCCAACCACUGGAAUUUGUUGUGUAAAAUCCAAUGGUAUAUACAGGCUCAGCUCACUCUGGUUUGAAAUGGAGGGGGAAGAAAGUGAGAAAGAGAGACUUUUAAAUUACUCAUGCAACAAAAUUCACACACAAGUGCUUCCUAAUUGUUGAUAUUAUGUAAGUUGUUUAUGUUUUAUGUAUUCUCUUUUUCUUGUUGGUUUUUGAGUGUUUUUCCAUGGUUGACUGUUAACUUUGUGGCAAAAUUUGAUUCAGUUUAGGUUCUAAAAUUCUAAAAUUGCCUUCAAGUAGUCGAUUCUACUUGGAAUGUCUUUUUGGCAUUUUUGAGUUAAGUCAAGGUGAUUGAAGUUGAGACGGAUUGUUUAAUCUUGAUAAAUUUUCAUUCCAGUCCUUUUGAAUGCAUAGUAAUUUUGGAAAGACUAUUUACUAAUUUUACAAUACAGUACUACUCUUGUGAGAUGCAAAUCCUGCAGUUAUUUUUGACUGCUAGAGGACUGUUACUACAUAUGUGGUCUCUCUUGCUUUCCACUUUCUCUGUUGAGUGUGAAGGAAGAUUUCCUUGUUUGAUUUGUGUGUCUGUGUUCAUCCCCUUUGCUUCUCAUUGUCAGUGUGGCCUUGGAUCAUCAUUAGUACUUCUGUAUAAUCGCUCAUGUUAUUUUUGUUUUAAUGGAAAAUUGUAAAUUUGUAAUUAGUUUUGUAGUUACCAUAUGUAAAAUAUGUUCUAAAGACAGGUUUCAUAGAUGAAUUUGACUUUUUUUCCACAUUUGUAAAUAUGCCGUUCACUAUUACUAUUAUUGAUGAAAUAAAUUUCAUCUGUUUAAAAAUAAAUUGUCUUUAAGUUUUAAA